CUUUUUCCUAGGAGCCAUCAUUUGAGAUGCUUCCGUUGACUGGGAAAACAAUAAUAUUUGAUAGCUUUCCUGAUCCUUCAGAUACCUGGGAAAUAAUUGAGACUAUUGGCAAAGGAACUUAUGGAAAAGUUUUCAAGGUGUUAAAUAAGAAAAAUGGCAGCAAAGCAGCAGUCAAAAUUUUGGAUCCUGUUCAUGACAUUGAUGAAGAAAUUGAAGCUGAGUACAACAUUUUGAAAGCUCUCUCUGAUCAUCCCAAUGUAGUCAAAUUUUACGGCAUGUACUAUAAGAAGGAUGUGAAAAAUGGAGACCAGCUUUGGCUAGUUCUUGAGCUGUGCAAUGGUGGAUCUGUGACAGAUCUUGUGAAAGGAUUUCUGAAGAGAGGUGAAAGGAUGAAUGAACUUAUAAUUGCUUACAUUUUACGUGAAGCUCUGAUGGGACUUCAGCACUUGCAUGAAAACAAAACUAUCCACCGUGAUAUUAAGGGAAAUAAUAUCCUUUUGACCACUGAAGGAGGAGUCAAGCUUGUGGAUUUCGGUGUGUCUGCUCAGCUGACCAGCACUCGUCUCCGUCGGAAUACGUCUGUGGGCACCCCGUUCUGGAUGGCUCCAGAGGUGAUUGCCUGUGAGCAGCAGCUAGAUAGCUCCUAUGAUGCUAGAUGUGAUGCAUGGUCACUGGGUAUUACUGCAAUAGAGUUGGGAGAUGGAGAUCCACCCCUUGCUGAUUUGCACCCCAUGAGAGCUCUCUUCAAAAUACCAAGGAAUCCUCCUCCAACACUACAGCAGCCUGAGCUGUGGUCACCUGAAUUCAAUGACUUCAUUAACAAGUGCUUGACUAAAGAUUAUGAGAAGCGUCCGACAGUAUCUACUCUUUUGCAGCAUGAUUUUAUUAAGCAAAUUGAAGGAAAAGAAAACGUGCUACAAAGGCAACUCAUGGAAUUUAUUGAUGUUCAUCAACAAAUGGGAGUCACUGAAAAGGCAAGAUUUGAACGUAUUCACACAAAGAAAGGGAACUACAGUAAGUCACUAGUUUCAAACCAAGAAGAGGUAGAUGAUUUAGCAACCUUGGAGGUACUGGAUGAGAAUACAGUAACAGAACAGUUGCAGAAGGGUUAUGCCAAGGACCAGAUCUACACUUAUGUUGGGGAUAUUCUCAUCGCUGUCAAUCCAUUUCGGAACAUAGAUAUUUAUUCUUCACAGCAUUCCAAACUGUAUAUUGGAGCCAAGCGGACUGCCAACCCUCCUCACAUUUUCGCUGUUGCUGACAUAGGCUACCAGUCCAUGGUGACAUACAACUCUGAUCAGUGUAUUGUUAUUUCUGGAGAAAGUGGAGCUGGCAAGACGCAAAGUGCCCAUCUGCUGGUUCAGCAGCUCACUGUCCUGGGCAAGGCUAAUAACAGGACUCUGCAGGAGAAGAUUCUCCAGGUGAACAACCUUGUAGAAGCAUUUGGGAAUGCAGGCACCAUUAUCAAUGAUAACUCAAGCAGAUUUGGAAAAUAUUUGGAAAUGAAAUUCACUUGUGGUGGCACUGUAGUAGGAGCUCAGAUUUCAGAGUACCUCCUUGAAAAAUCCAGAGUUGUCCACCAGGCAGUAGGAGAGAAAAAUUUCCAUAUUUUUUAUUAUAUUUAUGCUGGUCUUGCUGAAAAGAAAAAACUGGCACAUUAUAAACUGCCAGAAUAUAGACCUCCCAGAUAUCUGCAAAAUGAUCAUUUCAGAAUAGUGCAAGAUUUCAUGAACAAUAGCUUUUAUAAGUCUCAGUUUGAAUUAAUAGAACAGUGCUUCAAAGUCAUAGGUUUUACACUGGAGGAACUUGGAAGUGUGUACAGUGUCCUGGCUGCCAUUUUAAAUGUGGGUAACAUUGAAUUUUCUGCAGUAGUAUCUGAACAUAUGAUUGACAAGAGCAACAUUUCCAAUCCAGUAGCCCUUGAGAACUGCGCAUCCCUGCUGUGUAUUCAGGCAGAUGAAUUGCAAGAGGCCCUCACCUCUCACUGUGUAGUGACUCGAGGAGAAACAAUUAUUCGUCCCAACACUGUGGAAAAAGCCACUGAUGUCAGAGAUGCCAUGGCCAAAGCACUGUAUGGGCGCCUCUUCAGCUGGAUAGUCAAUCGCAUCAACACUUUACUCAAACCUGACAAGCAUUUAAGUGAAAAUGAUGAUGGCUUGAAUAUUGGAAUUCUUGACAUCUUUGGCUUUGAGAAUUUCAAAAAAAAUUCUUUUGAACAGCUGUGUAUCAACAUUGCCAAUGAACAAAUUCAAUUCUACUUCAAUCAACAUGUCUUUGCCUGGGAACAGAAUGAAUACCUUUAUGAAGGUGUUGAUGCAAGAGUUAUAGAAUAUGAGGACAACAGGCCCCUCCUAGAUAUGUUCCUGCAGAAACCAAUGGGUUUAUUGUCUUUGCUGGAUGAGGAAAGUCGAUUCCCACAAGCAACGGAUCAGACACUUGUGGAAAAAUUUGAAGAUAAUUUGAAAUCAAAAUAUUUUUGGAGACCCAAAAGAGUAGAUCUAACCUUUGGAAUUUAUCAUUAUGCAGGAAAGGUUCUGUAUAAUGCAAGUGGAUUCCUAGCCAAAAAUAGAGAUACUCUGCCAGCUGAUAUUGUGUUGCUACUGCGAUCAUCUGAAAACAACCUGACGCGACAGCUGGUAACUCACCCUCUCACAAAAACAGGUAAUCUGGCACACACCAAAAGCAAAACCACAAUCAGUUAUCAAAUGUGGACCUCCCAAAAGUCAAUCAGUCAUACAAAGAAUGAAGCAGGAGAUACUGGACAUCAUCCAAGAGAAACAACCAGCAUGAAAACACAGACAGUUGCUUCUUAUUUUAGAUAUUCUCUGAUGGAUUUGUUAUCCAAAAUGGUCGUUGGCCAGCCUCAUUUUGUCAGGUGCAUCAAGCCAAACAAUGACCGGCAGGCAAACAAGUUCGACAAGGAAAAAGUGUUGGUUCAGCUGCGUUACACGGGAAUUCUGGAGACAGCACGGAUUCGAAGACAGGGUUAUUCACAUCGUAUACUCUUUGCUAACUUCAUAAAACGGUAUUACCUCAUCUGUUACAAAACAAAUGAUGAUCCUCCAGUCAGCCCAGAGACCUGUGCUGCUAUCUUGGAAAAAGCCCACCUUGACAACUGGGUUCUUGGAAAAACUAAAGUAUUCCUCAAAUACUAUCAUGUGGAGCAGCUGAAUUUAAUGCGGAAGGAGACAGUUGACAUGAUUAUUUUGAUUCAAGCUUAUGUCAGAGGGUGGCUGGGUUCGAGGAGGUACAAAAAGAUAAAGGAACAAAGGGAACAAAGUGCUAUUAAAAUACAGUCAGUUGCCAGAGGAUACUUACUCAGGAAGAAGAGAAAAGAACUAACUGAAACAAGAAACAAAGCAGCAAUAACAAUUCAGUCUCACUACAGGGGAUAUAAGGAGAGGAAGGUCUUCAAAAGCAGGAGGGAAUCACUUAGAAAGCAAGAAAUUGAAAAUGCAGCAUCCAUUAGCAAGAAGGAAAAUGAUGAAGAACUUCAAGAUCCUGAGGAAAGUCCAACUGAAGUGGAGAGUGCCCUCCCUAGAACAGAAGAAGAAGCAGCUGCCAUAGCAGAGGACGAAUUAUCUGCUGUGGAAUUCCUUGAAGCACAACUGCAGCCAGCUCAAAAUGAUACACUGGAAGAAGUGGCAAGCGAGGAGACUCAAGAUGAACAUGAUGCUGUCACUGACACCAAGUGCUGUAGGUGCAGUGACACUGGGAAUGUAGAGGAGCAACAGCAAACAUCUACUGAAGGAGAGGCAGCUUCUGUGAAGCAGAACCUGGCAGGAGAAGAGGUUAGUGAAGGUGAAGAACAGGACUCUCUAGAAGAGUUACCCAGCAAAUCUUUUGUCAAAACCUCAGCUGAACCUAGACUCCAGCAAGAGCAAGAUAAUCAAGACACACUUGGUGCAGACUGGCAAAAUCAAGAAUCUGCUGUGGUCCAGCCCAGGACUGACAGGGAUGUGGAAAGAAAUCACCUAAAGUGUGAAGCAGCGAUGCCUACAGGAGGUAAAGGAAUCACAAGAAAAGAGUCACUAAGAAGAGGCUCAUGGAAGCAAGCUGAGGCAGAAAAACAAGGUUCAGAAGACAAAGAGAAGGCAGCUGUGGUAAUUCAGAGCAAUUACCGAGGUUACAGAAGGAGGGGACAGCUCAGAAAAGAAGGGAAACUACCUUGCAAAAGUCAAGAGAAAACAGCAAAGGAGCUAACAGAAACAAUACACAUUCAAAAUAAGAAUCCCCAAACAACAAAAGGUAGGGAAAGCACCAGCACAGAGGCUGAAGACUCUAAUACACUGAAGGGAGAUUCAGAGAAAGAGGCCUGUGAUUUGGCAGCCUUUUCACGACAGAUAUCAAAAUUAUCUGAAGAUUACUUAGCAUUGCAGCAAAAACUGAAUGAAAUGAUAUUGUCCCAUCAGCUGAGACCCGUGAUGAUGUCCAAAGAUAAGCAAGCUAACGGCCGGCUUUCUUCUCAUGUUUGUCAGUCAGUUGUGGCCAAAGUAGAAGACUCUCGCCCAAUGCAGAGACCCCCCAGAAGGCCACGGAAGCCCAAGACAUUAAAUAAUCCAGAAGACUCCACCUACUACACUCUAAUACAUAAAUCAAUACAAGAUGAAAAACGGAAACCAAGAAAAGAAAGUCUGAGCAAAGUGCUAGACUUAGAUAUCUACUACCAAGAAAUUUCAUCUACUGACUCCACCUCCAAGGACAGCAGUACUACCACAAGAAGGAAGAGAUACCCAAUUGAGCGCAGGACUUCCAUUUUACGAGCUACUGAGCGAUCGAGGGUUGCAGAAAGACCCCUGGAAGAGAGCAAAGCUGAAGAUAAUCCCUAUGACUACAGACGACUGCUGCGGAAGACCUCACAGCGCCGGCGCCUUAUCCAGCAGUUCUAG